GAGCGAGCGGAGGCAUGACCGAGGUUUCCCAGCGCCGGGCGUGCAGGGGAGCCGCCGAUUGCUCGCGGGCAGCCCCCGGUGCUCCGCUCCGCCGCCCCGCACCAUGCUGCGGCUCUGCCUGGCGCUGGUGGCCGCGGCCCAGCUCGGGCGCUCGGCUCCCGCCCCGCCGCCGCCGCCCGCGGGCGCUCAGUGCAUCGAGCACGUCUGCUUCGGCGUGUUCUGGGGGCGCCAGCGGUUCCCCGACGCCGGCCGGCUCUGCCAGGCCGGCGGGGGGCAGCUCAUGACGGUGCGCUCCACGGUGGAGGAGUCCGCCAUCGCCCUGCUGGUGCGGAACCGGAGCGACGCCCGCCUGUGGAUCGGGCUGCAGCUGCCCGCGGGCCAGGCGUGCUCGGACCCCGCCCGCCCGCUGCGGGGGUUCCGCUGGGUCACGGGCGACGAGCGCACGGACUACACCGCAUGGAGGCCGGGGGGCCCCGUCUGCGGGUCCCAGUGUGUCUCCGUGGCGGCCCAGGAGCUCACCUGGGAGGAGAAGCGGUGUGACUCCGAAGCAGACGGCUUCCUGUGUGAGUACAAUUACACCGGCACGUGCCCCAAACUCUCCCCCGGGGCAGGCCUGGCGGUGACCUACACCACCCCCUUCGGGGCGCAGGACAGUGACCUCCUGGUCCUCCCUCCCCAAACCACUGCCUCGGCCCCGGCCCUGGGCGUGGAGCUGGUGUGCCAGGAGCACAGCAGCGGGGGCAUGCGGUGGAGCUCCGCCAGCCCCGGGGCCUGGCACUGCCAGCUGGAGAACGGCGGGUGCGAGGCGUCGUGCCAGUGGGACCACGGGACCCCGCACUGCACCUGCCCCCAGGGGAAGCGGCUGGACCAGGAUCAACGCAGCUGCUCUUCCCUGUGUGCCGAUGCCCCCUGCGACCACCACUGCGUCCUACUCCACAUGAACUUCACUUGCAUGUGCCACGAGGGCUAUGAGCUGGCUGAGGAUGGCAUCAGCUGCAGAGACAUCGACGACUGUCAAACCAAACCAGACCUCUGUGACCAAGUGUGCAUCAACACCGACGGGGGCUUCCGCUGCCAGUGCCACCCGGGCUAUGAGCUGGUGGAGGACAAAUGUGAGGACGUGAUCGAUUGCUACGAAGAGAAAUGUCACCACCAGUGUGUUGAUGUGCCCGGGGGUUACAAGUGCAGCUGCUUCAGUGGAUACGCCCCAUCCCCCCAGGACCCCAACAAAUGUGUCCUCUUUUGCAACCAGCCUGAAUGCCCGGCAGACUGUGAUCCGCAUACACAGGAUACGUGCUACUGCCCCGAUGGCUUUGUUUUGGAUCACCACAAUGGUAGUGCAAAGAUGUGUGUUGAUAUUGACGAGUGUGAGCAAGGCUAUUGUGAGCAGCUGUGCACGAACAAGCCAGGCAGCUACACGUGUCAGUGCUGGGAGGGGUACAGCCUCCACAAAAAGCACUCGUGUAUUUCUGACGAUGAGUUUUCAGGUGGGACGGAUUCCUACCCAACAACAGCCGCCCCCACCCGUGUCCCACCGAAGCCAGACAGCCUCCACCCCGGAGUGCUGAUUGGAAUCAGCAUUGGCAUCUUGUCCACAAUUUUGGUCCUGAUGGCCAUUCUCUACCACCUGAUGAAGAAGCACUUCCCAGGUCAUGGAGCCAUGGAUUAUAAAUGUAGCAACAAGACAGAAAAGGAGGUGGUGCUGCAGCAAGUUCCCCCGGGAUGCCCCUCUGCUACCCAGAAACUGUAAAGAAUCCCACUGGAUUGAAAGGAGAAAGACGGAAUUGGUUGGAAUUUUUCACAUUUCCGAUGAAAAAUUUUCAAGGAAAGUGAUUAAACUAGCUGCAGAAAAAUAUGCUUUGGAGAAAACUGAAUGGCAAAGCAUAUAAUGCUGAGCUAAUCCCAUUUGUGCGUCUUUAAAGAAACCAGUAGAUGCCUUUUUGAUGUCCCCCCUUUUCCAGACUUGGCGAUCUUUCCGGGGUUUAAAGAGAGAACUUUAUUUUUUGUGCAUUGAGAACUGCCCUUGUUUGGAAUGGACUAUUGAAAUCUGACUAUCAAAGAAGAGAAUAUAUGCAAUGGACUAGUCAACAAUAAUAGACUUUGAAGUGGUGUGGUGAAAGUGACUUUCAUCCAGAGACAGUGUCAAGAGUUCGUUCCCACAUCAGACUGGAGCUACUGAGCAAUCAGGAAGAGUUGGAAUGCUCCUGCGACAGACAUAGGUUUGGCUUAUUUUUAAAAAACUGCUAAUUACUAACAAGUACCAAAGAUCUUUCCAUCAGUUCUUCUCCUGCCUUCCAUCGUCCUGUCCUCUUUGUUAUCUGUAAGAAAUUGUAGCUCCCCACGUUUAUCUAUCUUAGGGGUUUGUAUUGACACCCAUUACCACAGUAUCUGCGCACCUUUCAUGUAAAAUCAAUAGCAAAAGCAAAGCCCCUAAUGGACUUUAUGGAAUCUCUGUCCCUUCCCCCUUUCAGGGUCAGAACUCUGCUUAUUUGGUUGCUGUUUGUUUGUUGGUUACAGGUUUCUUUGUUUUGGGUACAUGUUUGGGUACACUUUGUUUUGGGUCAAUGGUGUGUCAUUCUUGCUAUGGUGGAAAAGCCUUCCCAUGUGAUGGUUGUGUCUUCCAGUCACAUUUUCUCUAGAGGUUUUGUUCCCCUUCUCUCACUGUCAGAUUAAAACGCCAUUAACAAAACCAUUUCAUAUUCUCCUGUUGAUAAGAACGUACGAACCACCAUAUUGGGUCAGACCAAAGGUCCAUCUAGCCCAGUAUCCUGUCUUCCGACGGUGGCCAAUGCCAGGUGCCUCAGAGGGAAUGAACAGAACAGGGAAUCAUCAAGUGAUCCAUCCCCUGUC